GAGAGGGGGCGAGGAAUUGUUAGCGAGGAAAACAAGUGUCGGCAAAAUGGCUGACAAAUUCGCUCGGUUCAAUGAAGAUCGGGAUUUCCAGGGGAAUCACUUUGAUCAAUAUGAAGAAGGUCAUCUAGAGAUUGAACAGGCAUCCUUGGACAAGCCCAUAGAAUCGCCCAGUUUUUAAAGCCAGGACAACAUUGGACACCGUUUGCUUCAGAAGCAUGGGUGGAAGCUUGGCCAAGGACUGGGAAAGUCUCUCCAGGCAUUUUGAUCGCGGAGAUGUUGUGGUGAUGGUAAACUUAGCAGUGGAAGGACAGAUCCCAUCCCUAUUAUUGUCAAGUAUGAUGUCAUGGGUAUGGGCCGCAUGGAAAUGGAGCUUGAUUAUGCAGAUGAUGCAACAGAACGACGCCGUGUUAUGGAGGUGGAGAAGCAGGACACUGAAGAACUCCGCCAAAAGUACAAGGAUUAUGCUGAAAAAGAAAAGGCAAUUGCAAAGGCUUUAGAAGACCUGAGAGCGAAUUUUUACUGUGAAUUGUGUGAUAAGCAGUACCAAAAACAUCACGAGUUUGACAACCACAUAAAUUCUUAUGACCAUGCUCAUAAGCAGAGAUUAAAAGACCUAAAGCAAAGAGAAUUUGCUCGUAAUGUUUCCUCAAGAUCUCGAAAAGAUGAGAAAAAGCAGGAGAGAGCACUUCGACGGCUCCAUGAGCUUGCAGAGCAGCGAAAACAACAGGAAUGUGCCCCAGGAAGCGGUCCCAUGUUCAGAGCUACGACUGUGGCUGUUGAUGAAGAUGCUAAUGACAGAAAAGUUGCCAGCACAAGUGAUAGUAAUGGAAGAAGGACAAGUGGGCCCACGUCACCAUCCGUUAACAGGAGUGUAUCUGACAGCACAUCGGGAGAUGGCAGAGGAGAAAUUGACAACACAGGUUAUUGUAUUAGUGGAAGCUCUGCCGGUACAGGUCAGAGCAACCAGCCAGUUCAAUCUUUUAGUGUCAGCCAGCUUAAGAACAAUUCUGGCACUCCCUUACAAAAGCUAGGAGUGUCAUUUUCUUUUGCGAAAAAGGUACCAGUCAGGCUUGACGUUUCAGCUUCAGUGUUCAGUGAUGUUGCAGAGGAGCCAAAUGAAUCUGAAACAGCAAACCCUGAUGAUAAAGUGUCCUCCGGUCAAGGAUCACCAAAGUUGAUGGAGGUUGAAACUACAACAAACUCUGAUAAGACUGAAGGGGCUAGUCAAUCAGAAAGUGAUAAUGACUCUAUAAAUAGUACUUUAUCAAAGUUGAAAAAGAUGAUGAAGAAAGAGGAUGAUACCAGUCAGUCAGAACCAGAAUAUUAUCAUUACAUUCCUCCUGCACAUUGUAAAGUGAAACCUAACUUUCCUUUUUUGUUGUUUAUGAAAGCUACAGAAGAGUCAAAUAAGUGUGGCAAUAAGAAGAAUUUAGAGACUACAAAAAAUAACCCAGAUUUACAAAAUGUUUUGAAGCCUCAGGAAAGCAAAGAAAGAGAAAAUGAGACAGCUGAUGCACAACAGGAUGAUGAUAUUGCCAAUCGAGCAACAAACACAGAGCCUGAUAAAGAUGCAAAGUCCCCUGAAACGGUAAGCAAGCAGAAUUGUGAGACCACACCAGCAAAGCCUAGUGCUUGUGAGGAAGGAAAACAAAACAGUUCAGCUAACAAAGUCUUCAAUGGACCUAAACAACCAACUGGGCCCUUUUUCCCCGUGUUAAGCAAAGAUGAAAGUACCACCCUUCAGUGGCCCUCAGAAUUGCUGAUGGUUACAAAGAGUGAACCAUAUAUCUCUUAUAGUUGCAAUCCCCUCUACUUUGAGUUUAAACUGGCACGGAAUAGGGAUACUAAAGGGAAAAACAAAGAGAAAGACCGUGAGAAUUCGCAAGUACAGAAUUGUGAUCAGGAUUCUCAGGACAAGUGUAACAUAAACACCAGUAAAGCUGCAUUGAAGACGACAACAAGUGAGGGUGAUACUCAGUCACAAGAACAGCCUUCCCCGAGUGUAAGAAAAUCUGAAGUCCAAGCUGAUGAAAAUGACAGAAAUACCAAUAACAAAGACAAGAACAUGAAAUCACACAAGCAUAAAAAGAAAAAGAAGCACAAAAAAUCUGGCAAACAUUUGAAGGAGAAAGCUAAUGAAAAAAAGGAUAAGCAAAAGGAUGGUGAAGCACGUGAUGGAAAUUCAAAAAAAAGAAAAAAACGUAAACACAAGAGUAAAAACAUAGAUGAGAAAAGCAAAGACACUUCUCUAGGACUCUCUGUACAGAUGGCUACAAUAAAGUUUAUGGAGGAAAGUAGUCACGUGCAGAAGAAAAGGCGCAGGUCACAGGAUGAUUCCCAACAUACACCUGCUGCUGUUGAAGAUAGUAGUAGAAGUAGUAGCAGUAGUAGUAGAAAAGAAGAUUGUUCUCAGGAGCCCAUUAGCAAAAAGCAAAAGACAGGUUCUUGUAGUGAUUCAAGGAAAAGGACAUCUAGUCGGAAAGAGAACCGAACUAGGCAUAGGAGCCGAGACAGCAGUGCAGAUGAAGAAUCUGAUAGUUAUGAUGAAUCUCAUAGAAAACGAUCCAGGCAAAAAUCCUCCUCCCAUUACAGUGAUGAAUAUGAUUCAAGAAGCGACAGAAGUUACUCUAGUAGAUCAAGGAGACGUCGUUCAUCCUCACAGCGAUCAUCACAUAGGUCAUAUUCAUCUGGGUCCGAUGUUUCUUCAGACUGUAGUAGGUAUAGUCGUCGAAGAAGCUAUUCUGAUAGUUACAGUGACUACAGUGAUAGGUCACAGCAUCGCUCUAAACGAUCUCACGAUUCAGAUUAUGACUAUAGAAGAUCAAGACACAAAGGGAAAAAGCACAAAUAUUCUUCAUCAGAUGACGACUACAGACGAAGUAGAAGCAGGUCCCGAAGUAGCAGCAGGGGAAGAACUCGGACGAGGACCAGGACCAUCAGUAGAACACAAAGCCGAAGUAGAACUCGUAGUAGUAGCCACAGCAGGAGCCGAAGCAAGCGGCGUAGUCAGAGUGCAACACAGCGAAGCUGGAAACGAAGCCGUAGCUACAGCCGUAAACGUGGUGGUAGCACUAGGCAUCGCACCUCACGGAGAUCUAUUUCAAGAGACAAAGGAUCUCACAGCCAUGAUAGCUCCAGUGAUAGACGGUCCAGUCGAAGGAACUCCAGUAGAUCGUUUUCAAGAGAUCGGGUAUAUCGCUCAAAAUCUCCCUGUUACAGCAGAAGCAGACUGUUGGGGAAAAAAGGUGACCUUUUGAAGAAGGAAGAGAACAAAGAGGAUGUUGUAAAAUCAGGCAGUACUUUUCUUAGAAAUCCCAGCAACACCACCUCCAGCACAGGAAAAAUGGAUUUAGAGGAUGAACCAACACAAGAGGAAAGGAAUUCUUUAACAGCUAAACAGCUAUUGGAAAAGAUUCAGUCUAAAAAGGUUGAAAAGAAAUCCGAAACAAAUAGUGAAACAGCAUCAGUAUCUAAUAAAGUAGGAAUUAAACUAAAAGAUCCCCCUCAGGGUUAUUUUGGGCCUAAGCUUCCCCCAGCUUUGGGCAAUAAGGCGCUGCUUCCUUUAAUAGGAAAACUGCCUACAACCAAAAAGCCUACAACAAAGAAAAUUGAAGACUUUUGCUUGGAGAAAGGGGACAAAGAAGAGGAGCAGUAUCUAGCAGAGCCUAAAGAUAUGGCAAAGGAAGAAGUCAGUCAGCGACUAAAUUGGACUGUGCAAGGAGAGAUUCAAACCAUAGAAGAAAAAUCAGAAAAUGAAGAAAUGUCAGCUGUAAAUGAGAAAAUUCAACCAAUUUCUUGCCAAACCCAGUUUGUUCAUAAAGGUUUCCCAUUGGAAUCUCAAGCUAUCUCAGAAGCCUACAUUUCUGAUGUAACCACACAAGUUGAAGUCAUCAAAGAACCUUCAGAAUUAGCACCAACAGAUGCUGGUGAAACUGUUAUGAUGCAUUUUGCACCAGAUCCAGAGCCAUUCUCCAAUUAUAUUCCACAGGCUGAGGUGCAGGAAAUUGAUGAGGAUUCCCAAGAGGAUGCAGAUUCAUCAGUGGCCCCACUUGAUAGACAGCCUAUAACAUUCACCCCUGAAGAAAUGGAGAAGUACAGUAAACUACAACAGGCAGCUCAACAGCACAUUCAACAACAGCUUCUAGCUAAACAAGUGAAGACUUUCCCUACCUCAACUGCCUUAGCUCCUGCUCCAACUCUCCAACAAUUUCAUAUUCAGCAACCAUCAGCGGCUGCAACAGCAACAUCGAUCACCACUGUCCACCAUGCUAUAUUACAACAUCAGGCAGCUGCUGCUGCUGCCAUGGGUAUUCAUCCACACGCACACCCACAGACUCUUGCUCAAAUCCAUCACAUACCCCAGCCUCACCUGACCCCCAUUUCUCUGUCACAUAUCACACCAUCUAUUUACCCUACUCAUCCUGCCACUUUUCUGACUAGCCACCCAAUACAUAUUAUACCUGCAUCAGCUCUCCACGCAGGCCCCCUAGCCCUUCACCCGGUCCCCCAUGCCCUCUAUCCUGCUCUCUUUGCCCCUCGGCCUGCAGGAGCAGGUGCUUCUGCUCUCCAUCUUCAUCCUUUCCUUCAUCCUAUCUUUUCAGGACAGGAACUCCAACAUCCUCCCAGUCAUGGCACUUGAAGCAAGUUGCAGUGAGUGAAAGGAUUGGCAUCUGGCUCCAUUUCUCUAAAUAAGUAUGCCAACAGUUAGUUUGGUAUGCAAAUGCUACAUAGUUGCAGUACAGACUGAUCCUUUUUCCAACAGCCAAAGAGUUCAGGCUCAGGCCCAAGAAUAUAUUGCAGUUUGUGUGCUUGUAAUAUCAGGGAUUUCCAUUUUCUUUAAAAAAAAGUUAGAACCAAUUAUGUGGAUUUCCCAGAACUCUUAAGUGCAUUACUCAACAAGAGACAAGGUUAAUAUCUUAAUAAUUAGUGACAAUGCACCAAUAUUAUAUUCAAUGGGUUGGCCUCCUCUUAUCCCAUUGCUAACUCCCAUCUUAGUGCAGAAAGAAAUGCAUAUCCAUGUUAAUCUGCCUCCACUUUAUAGAAUCCUUGUAAUCAUACAUUAGUAUGAUUAGUGGAUGGUAUUGGGGUGGUUUGUUGAGUGAUGUAAGGAUCUUAAUGGAUGUUGAAACGGAGUAGUUCCAUAACCUCUGAUCAAUGAUGACUGAAAAAUGUAACCAUGAAAAGUGAAAUAUGGUUUAUAAACUGGUAUUUGUAAAGUGAAUAAUUGGCACCUGUGGCGGUCAUACCACAAUGUGGCUUGCCAAAGAAAUCUGGGGAAAUAAGAACAAGAGCAGGAGUUGUGUGAAAUUGCCCAAAUAAUAGUUCUGCAUAGUCACAUCACCAGUUUGCAUUGUGAAUGAGAGAAUGCAGUUUUGGGUUCCUGAUGUAUUGGAAGAAGAAUGGAGAAACUUUCUUGUGACAUCCCAAAAAAUCUCAUUUGUUUCAGCUUAAGCUAGCUUCAAUAUACCAAUGGAAUUUGGGGAGAUGUCUAAAAUAUUUGUGAGAAAAGGUCUAUUCCCAUUGCUGUUGUAAAACUCAACAGUCUUUGUAUAAGUUAUAGCUUAUAAUUUAAAAAAGUGGAAAGAAUUGCACUGAACUCUGUACAGGUGAUGCUGCUUUUGUAGGUUCAUCCAAAACAAUGACAUACAUGCAGAGUACUGCAAUAAUAUUUUUUAAAGAAUAAAUUCAUUGGUUUCGUGGUACUGUUCUAACAUACUGCUUUGUGUAAAUAUGUUUGUAGGUUAAGCAAUCCUUGUAAAGGUAAACGUCAUAAGUUUCUGUUUAUGGCAGAAACUAAGCAUGUAUAUUUUACCAAAACCCAUGUAUUUUUUGAAGUUUUUAUGUACUGUAAAUGUAAAAUUUCUUGAAGUUUGGUUUAUUUUGAGUUUUUGCAUAUACAAAGUAUUCAGUGAAACAGCAACUCUGCAAAAAGUGGUGUUUGGGAGAGUUUAAUGAAUCAAUAAGCUAAUGGAUGCAGACACAGAACCGACUGAAAUCUCGAUAAAUUAUAACUGAUCGAUUAGAUUAACCAGUAACUACCAUGUUAAUUUUUUAAAUUGUUCAGUUAAGUUUUUAGGUAACUAGUGCCAUGAAAAGCAGUUGACAUUGGUAUUAUAAUUAUUUCUCAAUUACAAUUAGUUCUAUUCCCAGACCAAUUCAGACAUCUAUUAUGAUUAUCUGCUUAGUUCUACACGAUUGAUUAUAUUUAACUAACUGGGUUACCUUUAGUAGCCAGGCUUUGCUCAUGGUACUUCACAGUUCAUGUGUUUUAUUGUUCAGAAUGUUUUUCCUAUAAUUUCAUAAAAUAAUGUCAUGAAUGUCUGAAAAGGCUCCACCAUUUGAGAUUUUAUUACACUGGUGACUGCAAAUCAGAAGCUAUAUUUACAUAAUUAAAUCAAACUGAAUUUUUCAUCAUUAUGAUCCAGGUUAAUUUAUUUCAGAUCCAUUUUAUAGCACGUAUCUAGUGUGGGCUUAAAUAUGUUUGCAUUUCAAAUUAUGUUGUUAUGCUUAUGCUUGACACAGUAAUUUGAAAUACUCAUGCUGCCUUACAAUAUGCAUGACAAAAUAAAUUGAAUUUGUUUUAAAUUCAUGUUUGAAGUUCAGAUUAUAAGUGGCUUGCAAUUGGUUUGAGGUUAGCAGUUACAAUGUGGUUUCAGUAUUUUGAAUUUCAACAAAUAAAACCACUCUAUCUACACAAUUCUUCGAAACUGAGAAAAAAUGUUUGAGCCAAUUGUAUAAAUAGAGGGCUAUUAAAGACUCUGCUGUGUUUGAGGAUGCAAAGAGACCAGUAUACAAUAUCUCACAAGAGUUUGAAUGUUCUUACCAGUCAGAUAACAUUUUGGGGAAUGCAAGCCAUUGCAGGCAAAUACACCAAAACUCAUAAAUCUUUGAGAUAUACUGUCACAUAGGCGCAUGAAAAGAGAAUGACACUUGCCCUUUGGGAAAAUGUGCUUCCAAUCAUCAAUUGUGUGUAAUUGAUAUUUGGAUUUGUCAUUUGCUUAUUGUUGGAGACAGCCCUGUUUUUCUUGAGGCCGAGUCCUAAUUCUGCAAUUACUAAUUCAAUCUCUGGUCACAAGCAAUGAUGAGAAAAAAGGCAAGUAACACUGAGCAGAUUGUGCCACAGUUUGUGCACACUAUUAAUCAUGAUAUAAGAGUGUGUUUAAUAGGGGCUACAUUAAUAUGAUUACUAAUGUUUCCCAUGUAGUCAGUUCUGUUUGAUCUUGAGCUUUUUGAUUCAAUUCUGUCUCCUGAACAAACUCCAACACCUUACAAAGCAGCUUCUUUCAUCUGUUUUAAAAUGUUAUAUAACAAAAACUAGAAAGAAAUGUAACUAGCUUAUUGCAUAAACUGCAUAUUUUAUUUAACUUUCUGUCACAAGAACAUGCAGAAUAUUACUGUACAAUAGGAGAAAACCUUUAUAACAAUAAAGUAUGGAUAAUUUGUGAA